AUGUUACGAACAACCUUCUCCGCCGCAACAACUCGAGGAGCUCUACGGUUUCCAUUAGCCAGCAGAACCGCCUUCCGACCCUCAAAUCUCCAGAUAAACACGCCUCUCCGCUCUCUCGCCCAAAGAUCCUUUACAAACACCGCCCGGGCAUCAAGCAAGACCUCCUCGUCAACGGGCUUCACAUUCUCCUCCCACGGUCGACCCUCCCUCCGAAAUCCUACACUCCUCCAACGCCUGCGUAACUCCAUCCGAUUUCUACAUAAUUCUCGUGCAAGACGGAACGGUAAACCAGUUUCCCCAAAUCCGACACCGAAUCUAGGAUCUGCAGAUGGAGCGGCGGCGGCAGCGGAAGCGGAGCCAACGACGCUAGGAGGACGACUGAAGAAGCUGAGUAGGGAAUAUGGGUGGUCUGCUGUUGGAGUAUACUUUCUGCUGAGUGCGGCGGAUUUUCCGUUUUGCUACUUGCUGGUGAAGUAUUUGGGAACAGAGAGAAUUGGUCAUUGGGAAGAAAUCAUUGUAACGAAUGUCAAAAAGCUAAUUCCCGACUCUGUCGAGAAUUUCUGGCACGAAUGGCGUGCCUCAAUGAAGAAAGCCGAGCAGGAAUUCACAGGCGAUGAUGUAGUCAGUGAUGCGGUUGAAAUGGCAGGUUGGGGCGUAGAAGAAGCAACAGAGAAGAAUAAAAAGGAUGCCAGUCUAGCAACAACACUCGCACUCGCCUACGCAAUCCACAAGUCCUUCAUCUUCGUUCGUGUCCCUCUCACAGCAGCCGUGACACCGAAAGUGGUCAAGAUGCUACGGUCCUGGGGAUGGGAUAUCGGCAAGCGGACGACGAAGGAAGCGAAAGCUUUGAAGCGAGCCAGUCUACCACCGAAGAAACCUAGGGCCAGGUUCAUCAAGCGGAGGUCGUCAUAG